CCUUCUGAUUCGGAAUCAUACUUGCAUCUUCUCCGACACUUUGCAGUUUCAUGCUUCUUCUCCAUUUCCGUUAUCCGCCAUUGCUAUUUCGCUUGAUCGAUCGAUUGAACUAUUCGAUAUAAAAGCUUCCUUCACCUCAUCGAUGGCGCGGCGGUCGGGAGACUGCAUGAGAUGGUGUCUGGUGGUCUUCGCGGUGGUCUCGGCUUUAGCUGUGUGUGGUCCUGCUCUUUAUUGGAAAUUCAAUAAGGGUUUCUCUGGAUCCCCCCGUAGAAGCUCUGUUUGUCCUCCAUGUGUCUGCAAUUGUCCUCCUCCUUUGUCUCUCCUCCAGAUUGCUCCCGGGCUUGCAAAUCUCUCUGUUUCAGACUGUGGAAGUGAUGAUCCGGAUCUCAAGCAGGAGAUGGAGAAACAGUUUGUGGACCUUCUGACAGAAGAGCUGAAGCUGCAAGAAUCGGUAGCUGAUGAGCAUAGCCGCCAUAUGAAUGUCACACUUGCGGAAGCCAGAAGGGUGGCUUCUCAAUACCAAAAGGAGGCCGAGAAGUGCAAUACUGCGACAGAAACAUGUGAAACAGCGAGGGAGAGAGCUGAAAUAUCAUUACGCAAAGAGAAGAAGAUCACUUCUAUGUGGGAGCAGAGAGCUAGGCAAUUGGGUUGGGAAGGUGAAUAACAAUAUUACAUGGUUAACACACUUCUUGGUCUGUCAUGAAGAGCUUUUCAUUGGAAAAACCAAAAUCUCUCUCUAGCAUUUACUCGCGCAAGCACGGGAAUUGCUUCAUUUUCAAGGCAAAGUCCUCUCCUCUCUCCCACUUCACAUAUGUAGUUUUGUUUUGCCCUUGGUUUGGAGAUGUAGUUAUAAUGGUUUGGCUUUGUAUUUGACUAUAUUUUGUCACAGUUAUCACCAGUUAUACUUGCUUCCUCCCUCA